AUGAAUGAAGACAUGGAGCUCGAAAUAGACCUUUCAGGACUGGAUCAAAGACCCAUGGCACCCGCUGUAAAUGUGACAGAGAUCGCGGAGGCCAUUCGCUCAAUCAUGAAGGACGCAGAUUUAGAACAGCUUUCGCGUCGCAUGAUUCGCAAGCAGCUCGAGGCGCAAUUCCAAUCCGAUCUGUCAAGUUACAAAGACGUCAUAAAUGCAACGAUUUUAGAAGUUAUCGAGCAGCAACAUGUGGAUGAGGAUGAGAUAGAGAAUCAUCCAGAACAGAAUGAAGAAGAUGAGGACGCGGAAAAUGAGCAAACAGAGCGUGCGCCUCGCAAAAAGGCAGCAUCUUCAAAGAAGAAGGCGACGGCUAAGAAGCGUAAGCGAAAAACAGUUGAAAAAUCAGAAAAGAAAGCUGGUGGAGGCUUUAAUGCACAGCUGAGUCUAUCCCCGGAACUCGCACAAGUGGUGGGAGCGGAGACAAUGGCACGGCCGCAGCUUGUCAAGGCACUUUGGGGUUACAUCCACGAGCACAAUUUGCAGGAUCCUAGCAACAAGAAGCUCAUUCUCUUAGAUGAUGCCCUACGUAAUGUGUUUCAGCGUGACUCAUUUACCAUGUUCAGUAUGAACAAAUUUGUCAAGCGCCAUGUGCGCAAGCCUGACGACUUACCGCCUGGAGGAUGGGAUCAAAUUCCGCGUGAUGGUGUGUCUAGUGACGAAGAUAUUGAGAUGAAGGCGGCAAAGAAAAAGUCGGUCAAGCGAAAGAAGAAAUCGACUAUAGCUGAUGAUGAGGCCGACGACAGCAAGCCGAAGAAAAAAAAUGCAUUCAAUACGGAACUUUCGCUGUCGCCCGAAUUAGCGUCGCUGGUUGGUAGUGAUCGCAUGGCCCGACCUCAGAUUGUAAAGGCAUUAUGGGCGUACAUUCAUGAGCAUGAUUUGCAGGAUCCAAAUGAUAAGCGCACGAUUUUGCUCGACGAUAAGAUGAAACAAGUUUUUCAAAGGGAUUCGUUUACGAUGUUUGCGAUGAAUAAAUUCUUAAAGCGACAUGCGCGGAAACCAAGCGAUGUACCUGCUGGUGGCUGGGCUGAGAUUCCGCGUGACGGGCUGUCCAGCGAUGAGGACGAGAACAAAAAGAAGGUUGUCAACGGAAAAUAG